CCGCUUCUCUGCCACUGACGACGACUACGACGCAGCAGCAGCAGCAACAGCAGCAGCAGCGCAGUAACAGACCCGGCAAAUAAGAAAGUUAUAGCGUCAACGCGUGGUGAAAAUCGAUCGCGAAAAAUACAAAAACAAAACUAAUUGUGCUCUCAGUUGGAAAACUAAGCUCAUUAACGUGUCUGGAUCGGAUCGGAUCGGCCGAGCCAAAUCGUCGAACGGAAGCCGAGACGCAUGCGCAGAUCUCUCGCGAGAUUAAGUCAACAGCUCAAAUCAAACAAACCAAAUCAAAAUUGAACGUGUAAACAGCCGUAAAAACGUCUCAGUCACCGCCUCUGCCUCUGCCUCUGCCUCUGCCUCUGCCCAGUCUCUGCCUCUGCCCCAGUCUCUGCCACUGUUGCAGUCUCCGAUCUCCGGCCCAGCUUAUUUAAAGGCAACGCGUCUUGUCGUUAAUCGUUCAGAACCUUUCAAGCUGUCCAACGAGCGGCAACGCGAGUGAACGAACAGCGAAAUAAACCGCAAUACAAAUUAUAAAAAAUAACAAUAAAAAUAAUAUUAUUAACAUUAUUAAGUGCUUGACGAAAAUGUCUUAAAAACCGCCAAGCGACGUGCUUGACCAGAGUUCAUAAAUUUCUUGACUUUUGCAUUUUGCGAAAUAACCGCAACGCUUUUGACUAAUUCUUAUGCAAUUCGUGUAAUUCCGCGUCCAAACCGCCAAAAGACUGUAAACAAUUUUAGACUAACGUAAUAUAUAUAUUAACUUAUCACAAAAUGUCUGCAUCCAAGGAGGCCAUUUGUGCGAGUUCCGAAAAGGAGCCCGAAAAGCCGCAGUUGGGUUGGGCCACCACCCGCUAUUUUGUCACAUUCAUGCUCUUUCUGGGCAUGGCCAAUGCGUACGUGAUGCGCACCAAUAUGUCGGUGGCUAUUGUGGCUAUGGUGAACCACACGGCGAUUCAGCAGGGCGAGGAGAUACUCGACGAUGAGUGCGGUGAUCGUGAAUUGGAAGUUGACAAUGGCGAGGACGGCGAGUUUCCCUGGAGCUCCAGCUUGCAGGGCUAUAUACUGUCCUCCUUCUUCUAUGGCUACGUGAUCACGCAGAUACCCUUUGGCAUAUUGGCCAAGAAAUACGGCGCCCUGCGCUUCCUCGGCUGGGGCAUGCUCAUCAAUUCGGUGUUCGCCUUUGUGGUGCCGGUGGCAGCUCGCGAGGGCGGCGUAUACGGUUUGUGUGCUGUGCGCUUUAUUCAGGGCCUGGGCGAGGGACCUAUUGUGCCCUGCACACAUGCUCUGCUGGCCAAGUGGAUACCGCCCAAUGAACGCUCCCGGAUGGGCGCUGCAGUCUAUGCAGGCGCUCAGUUUGGCACGAUUAUCUCCAUGCCGCUGUCUGGUCUGCUGGCGGAAUAUGGUUUCUCCGGUGGCUGGCCGUCGAUCUUCUAUGUGUUUGGUGUGGUGGGCACGAUCUGGUCUAUUGCUUUUCUCAUUCUGAUCUAUGAGGAUCCCUCGUCGCAUCCGCGCAUCGAUGAGCGUGAGAAGCGUUACAUCAACGACUCGCUGUGGGGCACAGAUGUGAUCAAGAGCCCACCCAUUCCGUUCAAGGCCAUCAUCAAGUCGCUGCCUUUCUAUGCGAUUCUCUUCGCCCACAUGGGCCACAACUAUGGCUACGAGACGCUAAUGACGGAACUGCCCACAUACAUGAAGCAGGUGUUGCGUUUCUCCCUGAAAUCCAACGGUCUGCUCAGCUCGCUGCCCUAUCUGGCCAUGUGGCUCUUCUCCAUGUUCAUAUCGGUGGUUGCGGAUUGGAUGAUCAGCUCAAAGCGCUUUACGCUGACGGCCACCAGAAAGAUCAUCAACAGCAUUGGUCAGUAUGGACCCGGUUUGGCUCUAAUUGCCGCCUCCUACACGGGAUGUGAUCGUGCCUUGACUCUGGCUAUUCUCACCAUUGGCGUGGGCCUCAAUGGUGGCAUCUACUCUGGCUUUAAGAUCAAUCACUUGGAUCUGACGCCGCGUUUUGCUGGUUUCCUCAUGGCCAUCACGAAUUGCUCAGCGAAUCUGGCGGGUCUGCUGGCGCCCAUAGCUGCGGGCAAUCUGAUCAACAACAAGCCCACAAUGGGACAAUGGCAGAUUGUGUUCUUCAUUGCCGCGUUUGUGUACAUCAUUUGCGGCACCUUCUACAACUUCUUUGGCUCCGGCGAGCGUCAGUUCUGGGACAAUCCGGAGAACGAUGAGCACAAGCCGAGUCUGGGGAACGGUAACAGUGCCAGCAGCACGAACAACCCACCAACCGCAAGGCUGAGCAAUGGCAAUACGGCGACGCUGGCCAUCACAGCCAGCGAGUCUAGGCAGUAAUUACCAUUACACUAUACUACACACAAGCUAGUUUAAGUUAUUGUUUUAGUUCAUCAUACUCUAAGCCAAAAGUUGUUAUUAGCGCAUUAGUAUUGCCCCAGCCUCAGAAUCCGAAUACAGAACGUAUAAAAGACAAUAAUCAGUCAGCCAGCAAAAAAAUAUAAACUAACGAGCACAAAAUAAAAUUAAAGUCACAUUUUGUUAACGUAGUUAAACAAUUUUUGGCAGUGCAGUGCCUGAGAAGGGUAUUCAAUUGUCUACCAUUUAAAAUGCGUAGUUUCUUAUUGUGAUAGCAGAGAGUUUAGUUUUUCUUUUUACAUAAAUAAUGUCAAUUCAAUUGAAGUGAAUUAAGUAAUAACAUUGUUGAACCAUGAAUAAAAUAUUAUAUACUUUACUAUACAUACAUAUAUAUUGAUAUGCAUAUAUCGUUAUGUAUAAGCAAACGAUUCAACGUACAAGCAAAAAGACACCAAAAGUUUGCAAAUAAAAUUUAUAACUG